CUCCCCACCUAACCGCCAAGAAGUGCAAGCACACGAGCGCGCGAGUGGUUGAGCUCAAUGGCUCGCCGCGACGGCGUCGGCGGCGACGGCGGCGCGUCGGCGGCGGAGCAGCAGCGGAGAGUAGCGCUGCGUGUGCUGCUGUCCCGUGCGGAGGCUUCCUCGCCGCCGCCGGCGACGGUGGAGGAGGAGGCGCAGCGGGGGAGGAGCGGUGGUGGUAACAAGGGGCUCGCGUCGGCGGCGCUGCGCGGGCUCGGGUGCACGUCGACGGCGGCGCUGCGUGCCCACGCGCCGGCUUCGGCGGUGGAGGUGGCGAGUAGCUCGGAGCGGUGGCACGGGAGGCGGCGGCGGAGGAAGGUGCAGGAGAGGCGGAGCGCGAGGGGCGGCGGCGGAGGAGGAGGAGGAGGCGUGGCGCCGCCCGGCCCCGCGCCGGCGGCGGCCGGGGACGUGUGGUGCACGUGCGCUCCCGGGAUACCGUUCGCCGCCGAGGCGUCGUCGGUGGACUGCGUCGUGGUGGCGCGCCACCACCACGCCCACCACACGGCGGCGGCGAUGGGCUCCGGCCGCCGCGGGGAGGCGGAGCGGCGCCACAGAGAGAGGCCGGCCGCUCCUCGAGCUCGAAGGGUGACCAUGCGUGAGCACAUAUCCUCGUCGCUCAUGGACUCGCCGCCGUUCCCCGACAUGCCGCUCCUCAACGCCGACCUGCUACCACCACCACCCUCCGGCCGCCACCGCCAUGGAUACCGCCACCCCCACGUCGGCGCCGCCGAGGAAGAGAUCAUGAUGUUAAGAACACGGCUAUUAUGGGGAAGAUUCGGUAUGCAUGAUCAGCACCAGGAUUGGCGACUCGACGUUGACAACAUGACAUAUGAGGAGCUGCUGGAUCUUGAAGACAGAAUUGGGUAUGUAAGCACAGGGUUGCAUGACGAUGAAAUCGCUCGCAGCCUUAGGAUGGUCAAGUAUUCAGCAUUCAACCCCAAGCAUUUUGCAACAGAAGUAGAAAGGAAUUGCAGUAUUUGUCAGGAAGAAUUUGAAGCAAAUGAGGAAACAGGGAGGCUGAUCUGUGGCCACAGCUAUCAUGUGCAAUGCAUAAAGCAGUGGCUUUCUAGGAAGAACACCUGCCCUGUCUGCAAAACUGUUGUAUCGAAGACAUGAAAUCCAAUCAGUCCCUAAGCACACUUGAACUGAAAAUUGUGAAAAGGACUUACUCUUUCACAGUGUUUGUUUGUGAUUGUACAGCUCUGUUUGUACAUGAUGCUUUGUGUAAGCACAAGCCUGAAGCAAACCAUCUCAUUUGCAUAUAGAAAUUUACAUGUUUUCAGUUUUCCCAGUGUCUACUGAGUGUUAAGCAUUUGCUUGUAGAAACUUACAUGUUUUCAGUUUUCCCAGUGUGUACUGAAUAUUAAUUCAGGUGAAAGAAAAAAAAUAAGAAGAGAGAUUUUUUUUUGUUUGAUGAUUA